AGGAGAUCCUCUUUCUCCUCCUCUCUUCCUCCCCCUCCUUCUGCACCCAUCUUCCCCUCUGCCAACCCCACUCCCACCCCUCCAGUGUUCCUGUCCCCAGCUUUGUUCUCCCCAACCCUUGCCAGGGACCCUCCCUGGGCCUCCUUUCCUGGAAAAACUCUCCAUCUCCCUUCUCCUCUUCUCUCAGUCCUUAUGGAACUUUCCAAUUCCCAGGCAGGCCUGGGUGGGAAGUCUCUGACUGCUGGGGAUCUCGGAAGGGUCCCCUAACUGUGUUACUCACUUUCUGCUUCCAUGCUUCUUUGGUGAGGAGGAGAAAAUGGUAGGAGAGAAGGGAGAAAGAAGGAGAAACAGGUUCUUAGUUUGUUAUGGAGUCCAAGCUCCUACUGCUCCCUGCAUGAGAGGCCUGUAAAUAGAGAUGAGUUGUUGGGGCAAGUGAUAGCAACUUUCUUCAGAAAGCCAGCAGGUGGACAAGACGGUAGACUAGUGUCCCAAAGAACAAGGGGUGUGGUUGGUUGUUGCAAACUUCUUCUUGUCAGAAUCCUUUGUUCUUGCAGCUGUCAGGUCAGGUCAGGUCAGGUCACAAUGUUCCUGCAAACCUCCAACAAGGCAAAUGUUAUUCUCUGUUCUGCAACUUUUUAUCUCUGUAUGAAUGGGAAAAUGUUGUAUCUUUAAAGGUCAGAGCCUUGAGAAUAGGCUGUCCUGUACAUUUCAGGCUAUAGGCAGCAUUCUUAAUUUGUAGCAAAAGCAAUAGAAUACACAGGUUAAAGGAAAAGAAACAGAUCCAACAUGGAGUCAGAUUAGUUCUUCCCUAUUGCAGUUUCACCAUCAUUUCCUCCUGGGCUUUCAUAGCUCUUCCGACCCCUGUGGGAGGGAGACAGGCUGACGGGAAAGAAACUGGGCAUGAGAGCGCCAGAGUUCCCAGAGCUUUCCGAGGCAGGCUUUGGUGGUGGGGCUGAAUCCUCGCCGCUCGGACUCUCUUUCCUCAGGGGUUUCCCUCCCCCAACCCCAGCUCAAGAUGAGGAUCCAUGGCCUGGGAGGCCACAGACCUGCUGCCACCUGUCCUGCUGGUGCUUCUGGCCUCAGGCUCCUGAGAAUAGAAGCCAGAGCUGCUAUGUAAACUGGAGGACAAGACAAUCUCCGUGAGAUGCUGGUACCCGCCCCCCCUGGCACGGCUUCAAGAUGAAAACCCAGUGCAGGGAAACAAUCAGCACACGGUUGAAUUAUAUUAGUCAACAUCCCAGGCUCUGGACAAGCCCAACAAGCCCUGGGAGCCUCUAAUCUCCAGCCAGGAUGACCUCAACUCAGGCCCCUUCAUCGUGGCUAAACUCAGAGCAAAGGACUUGGUGUGGAAUCGAGGAGUCUUCCAGGAUCUCUGGUCUCAGACCAUCCGUCUGGUAUAUCUCAGGAUACGGGAACUGAGACACAGAAAGAUUAUGGACAGUGUUUGCAGUGGUUGCACACACAGGCGGUGAGGACGGAGAGACCUGAAGCCAAGGGCCAUGAUCUUCACUGCUGCCACUACAGGGUUGCUGACCUGGAGGGAAGGGCUAGAAGGGCCUGGGUGAGGGUCCUGGCCUUCAAGAGGAGCAGCUGUUCUCCAUCCCUUGCAAGGCUGGAACCAGAGAAUGGCAGGCGCUACAAGUGGAGAAGGGUCUGAACAUGGCAGUGAGGGCAGUGAUCCCUGGUCUGGGCUCUGACCAGCCCCAGCCGUGUGAGGUCACCCUGGCUGGUGUGGGCAGGACAGCGGGCUGUCCUCUCGGCAGUCUAGGAUCCUCAGCAUCGUGCUGCUAGGCUGCAGUGGUGGCUCCUCCCCUCCGCUCCUCCCUGACCCCACUCCCCUCACUGAAUCAUAAAGCCAGAUCCCAGUCCUGAUGAUUGCUCAACCCCCAGGAGCCAGUUCUUGUGAGCAGCGCCUGACAAGCCCGACCCUUUCUGUAGUUUAAGGGAAAGAUCUUGCGCCAAGCACUCUGUGGCUGGCUGUCCUUCACAAGGGCAGGGUGACAUGGAGGCUCUCCUGCUGCUCAUCCUGCUCUCUGUCACAGAACUGUCCCGAGCCCAAAACACCACAGUAUUCCAGGGCAUGGCAGGCCGGUCCCUGCGUGUCUUCUGUCCCUACAACUCCUUGAAGCACUGGGGGAGACGCAAAGCCUGGUGCCGCCAGCUGGGUGAAGAGGGUCUGUGCCAGCAGGUGGUCAGUACCCACCCCUCAUGGCUGCUGUCCUUCCUGAAGAGGUGGAAUGGGAGCACGGCCAUCACGGAUGAUGCCCUGGGUGGCACACUCACCAUUACACUGCGGAAUCUUCAAGCCCAUGAUGCUGGCCUCUACCAGUGCCAGAGCCUCCACGGUAGCGAGGCUGACACCCUCAGGAAGGUCCUGGUGGAGGUGCUGGCUGACCCCCUUGAUUACCAGGACCCUGGAGAUCUCUGGAUCCCCGAGGAGUCUGAGAACUUCGAGGGUACCCAGGUGGAGCAUAGCAUCUCCAGGAGCCUUUCAGACGAGGAGACCCCCUUCCCACCCACUUCCAUCCUUUUUCUCCUGGCCUGCAUCUUUCUCAGCAAGCUUCUAGCAGCCAGCGCCCUCUGGGCUGCAGCCUGGCAUGGGCAGAAACGGAGGCGGUGGCUGCAGACCAGCAGGCUGGACUGUGGCCAUGACUCCGGUUACCAGCUCCAAACCUUGACAGGGCUGAGAGACACAUGACAGAAGAGGACCCACAUUGGAGGAGAGGCCUGGGAAAGGUCUGCACAGACCACCCCAGCCUGUACACUCACUCCCUUGGCCAUUAAGUCUCCUGAUUCUGCUAUGGCAAAAGGCCACUCUGCUUGUGCCCUGCUUCCCUGGCCCCUGGAAGCAAGGAUUGGUGUUUUGUGUGUGUGUGCGCGCGCACACGCACGUGUGCAUGCAUGGGAAGUGGGAAGGACAUCUACCAACUUCUGCACAUCGGAUAUUAAACACUCUCACAAAUAAAUCCAA